UGUUCACUGUUAAUAGCAUCCUAGUCCACUGUUUGCUCUCCAAACGAGGUGAUGGAGACGGAGAGUUGUUUGUCUUUCUCUUCGCCUCCAAACAGGAUCACGCCAGAAAACUCCCCGGGUUUGGAGCAUAAUUCCGGCUCUUUCUUUCAGUGUGACGAACUCCAAAAGUCCCCACAUCUUCCACUAGCGCAUCGACAUGAGUUUUUUAACGCGCAGUCUAUGGGACGCUAUGCCGACAGUGGUCCUGCGGACUUUACGCAUGUUAGCACGACAACUCCGCGUACCUCGCCUGGAAAACAUACAAAGUACCUGGAGAAUAUGAGUCAGGACCAAAAGACUUCGUCAAUCAGUGAAAAGAACUCGCCAUUUUAUGAGAAUAAUUCCGAUGCAGGUGACAAAUCUUUAUCCAAGCCCCUUGGCUAUCCCACUCAUGAUUCGGAAUGCUGUGGAAAACUGAAGGAAUCAUCCAACGGGUUGCCUGGAGACUCCAUCGCUGACUCCAUCGACCUUUCGGGCAAGAACAAAAAACGACGAAACCGGACAACUUUUAGCACCUUUCAGCUGGAGGAGCUGGAGAAGGUCUUUCAGAAGACACAUUACCCAGAUGUGUAUGCACGGGAACAGCUGGCACUGAGGACAGAGCUUACAGAGGCACGGGUGCAGGUCUGGUUCCAAAACAGACGGGCAAAAUGGAGAAAAAGAGAACGCUAUGGGAAGAUGCAAGAAGUGCGAAACCACUUCGCUGCUACAUACGAUAUCUCCCUUCUCCCUCGGUCCGACACAUACCAGAUGCAGAAUAACCUGUGGCCAGGCAGCGCAGGUACAGGAAGUGCAGGCGGAACAGGCGGUGGUUGCGUCCUGGGCACCGAAAACAUGUCGUCAUCUUGCAUGACCCCUUAUCCCCAUCCCCAUGGCAACCUUCCUGGCCUCAUGGGUAUGUCUGCAUCAUCAGGCCAUCCUCAUCAUCACCAUCAUCACCCAUCCCACCACCCCAGCAUCAAUGGGAUUUACUCACUCCAUGGCUUCCCAGGAAGCCUGGGGGCCCAUUCCUUCGAGCCGGGACCAGAAUCUGAAUACAAGCCCUCAGGCCUGGUGGCCCUGCGAAUGAAAACCAAAGACCCAGGGAGUCUGUUAUCCUGGCCAACAUGACUACGCAGCUGCGGCUAUUACGAUGACAUCACUGAGCCAAUAAACAGUUAGCAUGCCUGCACAUUCCGGCAUGUUACUCAGAAACACUUGUUUUAACGCUAAAUGCACAACUCUUUUAUUCUUUUGCAGGCUCCCAGAUGUGUUUAGUGUUAGGAUGUGUCAUGUGCCCUGACUCUCCGUUUUGAUCUGUUUCCCUAUGGAAGCAUUUAAUUUUUUGUAAAUUUGUUAAGCCACCAUGGACUUGCACAUAACUUGCCUUUUAACGUUAAAUCUUACAAAAUCUUUCUUGGAAACCGAAAUUGUAAAAAUGGUGUGAUAUUAAUUACCAUUGAAGAUGUGCAACAUGUUUAUUUAAGUAUGUUAAUAAUAAUCUUUUUGGUGUCAUUUAGUGUAUGCCAUGUUUAAGCCCCAUUAUGACAGUCAAUAAAUGCUUUUAUACUUA